UCCCAUCUCCUCCGCCGCCCCCACCCAAACUCUAGCGCCGCCGCCGCUGCGAUCCCAGCAGCCGCCACCGCAACCAUGGCUGCCGUGCUCACCCGCCCGGCCGCGGGCACCGUCCAGUGCUUCGGCCGCAAGAAGACGGCCGUGGCCGUGGCCUACACCAAGCCCGGGCGCGGGCUGAUCAAGGUGAACGGUGUCCCCAUCGAGCUCAUCCGCCCGGAGAUCCUCCGCCUCAAGGCCUUCGAGCCCAUCAUGCUCGCCGGGCGCUCCCGGUUCAAGGACAUCGACAUGAGGAUCCGCGUCCGCGGCGGAGGGAAGACGUCGCAGAUCUACGCCAUCCGCCAGGCCGUCGCCAAGGCGCUCGUCGCCUACUUCCAGAAGUACGUCGACGAGGCCGCCAAGAAGGAGGUCAAGGACAUCUUCGGCCGCUACGACCGCACCCUCCUCGUCGCCGACCCCAGGCGCUGCGAGCCCAAGAAGUUCGGUGGUCGCGGUGCCCGCGCCAGGUUCCAGAAGUCUUACCGUUAAGCAGCGAUUGCUUGACGCGUCACAAUCUGCCAUAUCACUCUGGGUGUGUGUUCUUGGCUUCGUGUUCAAUCAAUGGAUCAACUUAUCUGGUUCUAUAUCUAGCUGCUGCUUUACCUUCAUGUCUAGACUUUUAAGCCUAGUGUUGAACUUUUUUUUUUGACAUUGUGAUAUGAAAUGUGAGAGAUAUUCAAGAAGACAAUUCGGUAGUCGCUUAAGUAUUGUUGGUUUUGCUUGUUACCUAUGUCCAGGAAUUAUGAUAUGGUUUCCUUCUAUCUGUACCUGUUUCAUGCUUAUGCUUA